UCACAUAUGUUCUUCGAUACAAAAUGAUUGUCAAACUUUCUAUGAUUUUAAGCAGUCGCUUUGUUGUUUUAUUAAAUGAUCACUAUUUUAUGUGUUAUUUUUAAGCCAGUUAUGUGUUGAUUUUAUAAAUGCUUUAGCGAAUAUAUAUAGUUAUCAAGUUCUUUAUCAAGUCAAGACGUCAAGUAACCAAGAAUGAGCUGCUGUUCUUCUGUUGACGUCUAUGUGAGUAACCCACAUGGUGAAGAUACAGAAAACGUCAGUGGGUGCUUCUGUUCCGGCUUGACAGGCGGGAAAUUGACAAGAAAGAUAACUCCAAAGACUGCACCGCCUAAAGAGAAGAAGAAAAUUGUAGUACCGUCCCCUUAUAUGUUCAUGCAUGUAGACGAACAUGUACGAAAGAUAAAAGAGCCAGAGCAUGCUUCCUCUCCUGAAGCAGAGUCCGCUGUCAAACCAGUGCAACACACAUCGACGCCAGUAGAUGUUACAAAGAAUGUAAAAAGUCUAGUUGCGUACCUCACAGGACCGUGCAAAUCAGACAUAGAAAAAGUCAGGGCUUUCUAUUACUGGAUUUGCAAUAAUAUUGGGUAUGAUAGAACAUAUCAAUACCCUAAACGUGAAAGUCCUAAUGAUCCAAAUACGGUUAUCAGACAUGGAGUUUCUUCGACUUCGGAAGGAUACGCCAACCUGUUCUCGGCAUUGUGCAGAUCGUCAUCAAUUCCUGUAAAGAAGCUAAAAGGAUACGUGAAAGAUGGUAGAUAUGAUCCUGAGGAACCGUUCACCCAGUUAGACGAGCCUGAACAUGCUUGGAAUGCCGUGUAUGUGGGUCAUGAUUGGCGUUUUGUCGACUGUGCUUGGGGAGCUGGAUUUGAAGACGAUGAAGGAAUAUACCACCGGCGAUACGAAGAGUUCUGGUUCAUGACAGAUCCGGAAAACUUCAUCAACGACCAUUUUCCUUACCUUCGAAAUGACCCGAUGUCAAGUGAAAUGUGGCAGCUGCUUAAAAGGCCAGUAACAUUGGAAGAGUAUAACAAAACGGUGAAAGUUGAAGCCGUUACGAAAGACUGGGGCGUAGAGUUUUCACAUCGUGAACCCAUAAUUGUUUUCAGGAAAGAGCUUCACAUAAUAGUUAAAACAACCAUAGUUCCAAUAAUGCAAAUUACUGCGACGUUAGAUACUUCAGAUAAGGUGAACAUGGAUGCCUAUGUCGCAACUUUCCGUGACUCUGAAGAUCAUUAUAAGAUUCUGGUUCGUCCGCCGUCCCCGGGAGUCUAUAUACUGAAGCUAGCCGGGAAGCGGGAAGGAGACACCACUCCCAGAGUUCCAGGUCUCGUUAAAUACAUCCUAAAAUGCACAGAUAUAAAUAACAUGGUGAAGAACUUUCCUUUCUCAUAUACCGCUGCCCAGACAUUUCAGGUGUGCGUCCUAGAGCCGACCUAUCGUGAUCUUGAACCAAAUUCUCCAGUGAAAUUUAGAAUUGCAUCCCCGUUCCUUGGUGAAGUUUUCGUAGAAGAUCUCAUUUUAGAAAAGGUAGAUGAUUAUACUUGGGAGGGGGAAAUCUUGACCCCAAAGAAAAGUGGACAAUUCCUCGUUGUGUACGGGGUCAGUCAAGACACUUCUGACCAUAGGAAAAGGCAGCCCGUAUACAAAUUCAAUAUAUUGUGAAUACUAUAGCCCAAAGUUGUAUGUAAACAUCGUGUGAGAAAUGAAAAGACAUUGCCUAACUAGAAAACAAGAUACAUCUGUGCGCUUUAAGAUAUUUUUGUGCUCAUUUACUUUUAUAUAAUAUAAUUCUAUGCAUAUAUGUACAUUUUCUACAUUAAAAUUAUCUAAGUGUUUGCCUUCUA